AUGUCUGUCGAUUGCCCAAUAUGCAACAAACCCGUCAAAUCCUCCGAGAUCAAUAACCACAUCGACUCUGGUUGCACGAGCUUCGUCGUCGACAAGGAGUCACCACCCUCGACAGCCACCAACGGCACGGCCGCCUCAUCGCAGCACCCGCCGCCGCCGCCGACGACGACGACGACACAAAAAAGAAGCGCCUCGAGCUUCUUCUCGACGCCCGCGCCGAAACGACUGCAAAAUGCCGACCUUAAGCCUGUGACGCCCGCGCCGCUCAUUGGCAUGAAGCGAAGCUUUGACGAGGGCCCCGGCGCGAGCGACGCCAGCAUCAGCGCGCCGUUGUCUCGAGUCAGUGAUUUGAAGGAGGUACCGCCACUGAAAAGCAACGCCGAAGAGGCAGCAGCAACAGCAGCAGCAGCGCCGGCCGCCUCACUCUCGACGACGCCCGAGAACGGCAAGCUGGUCAAGCGCGCCAAGCUCAGCAAGGCGGCGCCGCUGGCGGAGCGCAUGCGGCCGACGACGCUCGACGAGGUGUGCGGGCAGGAGCUCGUGGGUCCCAACGGCGUGCUGCGGUCGCUCAUCGAGUCGGACCGGGUGCCGUCCAUGAUUCUCUGGGGCGGCGCGGGCACGGGCAAGACGACGAUUGCGCGGUGCAUCGCGCAGGCGACGGGUCGGCGCUUCGUCGAGAUCAACGCCACGAGCUCCAGCGUGGGCGAGUGCAAGAAGCUGUUCCAGGAGGCGGCCAGCGACCUGGCGCUCGCGGGCCGGCGCACCAUCAUCUUUUGCGACGAGAUUCACCGCUUCAACAAGGCGCAGCAGGACGUCUUCCUGCGGCCCGUCGAGAUGGGCACCGUGACCCUCAUCGGCGCCACCACCGAGAACCCGAGCUUCAAGGUCGUCCACGCGCUGCUGUCGCGCUGCCGCACGUUUACGCUGCAGGCGCUCAGCACCGACGACGUGGCCGCCAUACUCAAACGGGCGCGCGACGCCGAGAUGGCGGCCGGCACGUACCCGCAGACGGGGCUCGUCGACGACGCCAUGCUGGGUUACCUGGCGCGCUUCUCCGACGGCGACGCCCGCACGGCGCUCAACCUGCUGGAGCUGGCGCUGUCGCUGACGGCCCGGCCCGGCGCCACGCAGGACGGCAUCAAGGCGUCGCUGACCAAGACGCUCGUCUACGACCGCGCCGGCGACCAGCACUACGACACCAUUUCGGCCUUUCACAAGUCGGUCCGCGGCGGCGACGCCGACGCCGCCCUCUACUACCUGGCGCGCAUGCUGCAGUCGGGCGAGGACCCCCUGUUCGUCGCCCGCCGCAUGGUCGUCAUCGCCUCCGAGGACGUUGGCCUCGCCGACAGCUCGCUGCUGCCCCUCGCCACCGCCGCCUACACGGCCGCGCAGCAGAUUGGCAUGCCCGAGGCCCGCAUACCGCUCGCCCACUGCGCCGUCGCCCUCUGCCUCGCGCCCAAGAGCACGCGCGCCUACCGCGCCCUCAACAACGCCUACGCGGCCCUCCGCGAGCCCGGCGUCGCCGCCCUGCCCGUGCCUCUGCACCUGCGCAACGCGCCCACGCGGCUGAUGCGGGAUCUGGGCUACGGCGCAGAGUACAAGUACCCGCCCAACUACCGCGACGGCCGCGUCAGCCAGUCAUAUCUGCCAGAGGAGCUUCUCGGGCGGCGCUUUCUCGAGGACAGGGACUUGGGCACGCAGGUUGACCCGGAUGUCGUCAUGAAGGACGAGGGGGCACAGGCAUGA